CCCCUCGCGCUCGCAGCCUCGCAUCCAAUCCAUGCGCGUAGUGCACUUGUUUACCGAGUGAGUGAUGCGGAGCCCGGACCGUUUGUGUUCCAACAAAUAUGGAUAAAAUGUCUAUGUCCGCCGACUAAGUGAUGUGCGUUAGUGCAACGAGCCAGCGGGAACCGCAGCGCAGGACAUGAGGUGUGCAGCAAGACCGUGCGGCGAGAGAACGCGACCCGAGAACCAUGGUGGACAAUAGGCACGGCACCAGUCGCCUUUGAGAACGUUGGAGGAAAAUCACGAUUUGCUCCCAUUGCAAUGUUCUCGAGCUCGUCCUCGGGGCCGGACACGCAAAACUAUGACUUCGAGAAGGAGGAGAACGCGGCCAAGUGGCGGGGUGUCUUCGUGCAGUCCCUGAAAAAGGUGCUGGAACAGGUGCAUCCCUCCCUCACUGCACGCGAAGAUGCCCUAGGGAGGGUGGAAACAUUGAUUCUGCGGCUUCUUGGUAUGCUCUGUGCCCGUCCUUCUCCUCAUACGGUUCAAGAUGUUGAGGACAGAAUCAAGCGCACCUUCCCAGGGCCCAUUGAUUGUUGGGCUCUCAAUGAGGCUCAGGAAGCACUGGAAAAGGGGAAGAAGAAAGAAAAUAAACUAGUGUUACCUGUCGAUAGAGUCCACACAAUGCUUCAAAAGGAUGUUUUACAGUACAAAAUUGACAUUCAAGUUACUCAGUUCUUAGUUGCAGUUCUGGAAUAUAUUUCUGCUGAUAUAUUGAAGUUGGUUGGAAAUUAUGUAAAAAAUAUUCGCCAUGUAGAAAUUACAAGCCAAGAUGUUAGAAUAGCCAUGAAUGCUGACAAGGUACUUUUGGAUCUGUUCUGCCAAGAGGAUGAUGGCAGUGCGGGUGCUCCUGUGACACACUUGCCUGAACCGCAACGUACUCCACAUACAUAUGAAGACGUAGUUAAGGAACUUAUUCAAGAUGAGAAGCAGUAUCUGAAGGAACUUCACAUGAUCAUCAAAGUAUUUAGAGAGGAAAUUGCAAAAGUAGUCAACCAUGACAGCAGGGAGUUAGAUUUAUUGUUCAGUAACAUAAUGGAAAUCCAAGAAUUAACAGUCACACUUUUGGGCUCCCUUGAGGAUAUGCUUGAAAUCUGUGAAGAAAAGCAACAUCCUGCAGUUGGUAGCUGUUUUGAAGAGCUUGCAGAGGGUGCUGAAUUUGAUGUAUAUAGCAAGUAUGCCCGAGAUAUUAUUCAAGAACCCUGUAGGGAGGUAUUGUCAAGGUUACUUGCAAGACCAGAUGUGUAUAAUGCUUUACAGUCAGCAGGUCAUGGUUUUAGGGAAGCAGUGAAAUACUACUUACCUAAAUUGCUACUGACCCCUGUGUGGCAUUGCUUUCUUUAUUUUGAUUAUCUACAGAGAUUGGGUAGAUUAUGUCCAGUAAAAGAUGAUAAAGAAACAUUGGAGCAAGUUGGGGGUCUCCUGCGACCACUGGAAGUAGAACUUAAUGCUAUUCUUCUACAUACUCCAAGACAGGAAGUGGGGGUGCGGCAGCCGCGGGCCCGGCGCCAGGCAGCCCAUGAAAAGCUAAGUGAGUUGCACAGUACGAUUUACGGCUGGGACGUCAGAGAAAGUGGGCAAUAUUGCAAUGAAUUUAUCAGAGAGGAUAAUCUAGGUAAGGUAGGUUCUGGGAAACGUCUGACUGAACGCAGAGCGUUCCUGUUUGAUGGUCUUAUGGUGCUUUGCAAACCAAACAACAAACGCACCUCUGUGUCUGUCAACAUUGGCCCUACACAGGGUGAAUAUAGAAUGAAGGAAAAGUAUUUCUUUCGGAAGUUAGAGAUAAUAGACCGUGAAGAUUCAGAUGAACUGAAAUAUGCUUUUGAUAUCGCCCCAAGGGGUGCUCCUACUGUGACUUUAGUUUGCAGCUCAGCUGAAGAGAAAAACAGCUGGAUGGCUGAUCUAAUAAUGCUCAAUACUAAAAGUAUGUUGGAGCGAACUCUUGACAGUAUAUUAUUGGACGAGGAGAAAAAGCAUCCUUUAAAACUACCUCCUCCUCAUUUGUAUAAGUUUGCUGAAGCAGAUUCAAAGGACAACAUUGCAUUGGAAGAGAGAGAGAAUGCAGGUGUACCUUUAAUAAAGGGAGCUACUUUGUACAAAUUAGUUGAAAGGCUCACAUACCAUAUAUAUGCUGAUCCUAUGUUUGUUAGAACAUUUCUGACAACAUAUCGUAGCUUUUGUACACCAAAGGAGCUGUUACAUUUGCUCAUUGAGAGAUUUAUGAUCCCUGAUCCAUCUCAAGUUUAUGAAGAUCAUGACCAAGAUGGUGAUAGCGAUAAGGCUGCCAAGAAUUCUCAGAGGGAGGACUGGAAGAGAUACCGUAAGGAGUUUUGUCAGCCAGUACAGUUCAGGGUAUUGAAUGUUUUACGCCACUGGGUUGAUCACCAUUACUAUGACUUUGAACGUGACCCAGAGCUUUUGGAAAAAUUGCAUGCAUUCCUAGAGACAGUACAAGGCAAAUCCAUGCGAAAAUGGGUUGACUCAGUUUUGAAGGUUGUACAAAGAAAAAGUGAAUCAAAUGAGCAAUUACAACGGCACAUCACAUUCCCUUUUUAUCGGUCGCCACCACCUGUUGAGUGGCACAUUAAAUGUCCUGAGGAAGAAUGGACUAUACUAACUUUGCAUCCCAUUGAAAUUGCUCGCCAACUGACUUUGUUGGAGUUUGAAUUGUACCGGGCGGUGAAGCCUUCUGAAUUAGUUGGAAGUGUUUGGACCAAGAAAGACAAGGAGCAAUCAUCACCUAAUCUUCUUCGCAUGAUAAAGCAUACAACUAAUUUCACUCGGUGGCUUGAGCGAAAUAUAGUUGAAGCUGAAAACUUUGAAGAAAGAGUGGCUAUAGUAUCUCGAAUUAUUGAAAUUAUGCUGGUGCUUCAAGAAUUGAACAAUUUUAAUGGUGUUUUGGCUGUUGUUUCUGCUAUGGGUUCAGCAUCAGUUUACAGACUCAAGUGUACAUUUUCUAAUCUGUCGGCUCGUUUGGAAAAAGCUCUUGAAGAUGCAAGAGAAUUGAACAGUGAUCACUUUAAGAAGUAUCAGGAGAAACUGAGGUCAAUUAAUCCUCCUUGUGUUCCUUUCUUUGGAAUGUACCUCACAAACAUUCUACACAUUGAAGAAGGAAACCCAGAUUUCUUACCUAAUGCCCCAACUCUGAUAAACUUCAGCAAAAGGCGAAAGGUCGCUGAAAUCACUGGUGAAAUUCAACAAUAUCAAAACCAGCCAUAUUGUCUACUAGUGGAGAAAAACCUAAGGCGCUUUAUUGAGACAUUAAAUCCCUUUGGAGACAAGGGAGAGUUAGAGAUAGCAGAUUUUCUAUACCAGAAAAGCUUAGAAGUUGAACCAAGAAAUUGCACGCGGCCCCCAAGAUUUGGUCGGCGCUGGCCGGAGUUGAACCUUAAGUCACCAGGCAUCAAGCCUCGCGGCUUGGCUAGUCGAACCCACCCUCCCACUCCACUGACUAGUGUCACAGAGCGACCAGUUAUCUCCAACUGCGACAAGGAUGGAGAGGACACUCCUCGCACCCCUCUCACAGCACCCCCCACUCCUCCUUCACACCCUGGACAAUUUUCAACCGCCAGCGACUUUGGUGUCUUUGCUCAGGUCGUCCUGGGACCCUCUGGCCACGGCAACUCGUCGCCCGGAGGGCUCUCGCAGAUGUCGCAGUUGUCGCAGAUGUCGCACAUCUGCUCGCAGUCCACGACGAGCUUGGUGUCGCCCACGCUGCAGCAGGGGCAGCCCAGCCCCGCGGGGCCCGGCCCAUGGUCCGGCGGGGGGCUUCCGGGCGCCUCCCCCGCGACCUCGCCGUCCUUCGUGCACCCCCCGACCAGCCUGCCCUUCUCCGCCCCGGACAAGAUGCCCCCUCCCGCCAACCCCCCGCCUCUUCCCCCGCGCCGGCCGCGCGAGAGCUCCAUCAGUGACGGCGCCUCAGGCCCCGCGCUGUCGCCCGUCUCCAACCAGGCUCCAGCCAGGAUCCCGUCGGCCAGCCAGGCGCAGGCUGCACAGGCUCUGCAGGCGCGCCAGGCGCCCGACGCCCCCAUCCUGCCGCCGCGGGACCUGUCUCCGCCCCCGCUGCCCCCCAGGACGGGCACGCUGCCGCGGCCGCACGCCCAGCGGCGCAACUCGGCGCUUGGGGACGCGCCGGGGCUGGGCGCCGCGUGCGCCGCUCAGGUGCAACCCCAGCCUAGGAGGCACAUGUCCUUCAACGGGCCCACGUCCGCGUGCUCUGCCUCGCAGCCGCCGUCACCGCCCGCCAACAGCACUAGUCCCGUGGCGUACGCCUCAGCUGGAUUCCCGACCACCUACAACCACCGAGCGACGCAGUCGGUGCCCAGCACGACGCAGAGGCCGCCGGGGCCCGGACCCCACCGGCACGGGCUCAGCAACCUCAGCUGGCACCCGCCGAGGGUGGGGUCCGCGCCCACGCCGGCGCCGUCCCUCAACCGGCACGGCAACCAGGUGGGCAUGCACGGCCGGCCCGUGCACCAGCGGCACGGCAGCGACAGCGACUGCCCCCCGGUGCCGCCGUCGCCCUCUGCGCUCACCGCCCCCAGCCCGCGGCUGCCUCCCAAGCCCCAGGGGCAGCUGCCCGGCCUGCCCGGCGCCCACUGACCGCGCCAGCCGCGCCAUCAGGGCCAUCAGCAGGGCUUUCAGAAGUUCACAAGUUGACAGAAGUGUUCAUUGUCGCCUGAAUGUUGCUACUAAUGGUUGGUUUAUAUUGUUACUUGUCAAUUUUUCUUUCUAUCUUUUAAACCUUUUUAUUUUUUUGUUUGUUUUGGAUUGUCAGCCUCGUCAUUAUGUGGUGCUGUUUUUAAGUGAUUCAUUGGGAAUAUUUACAUGAAAUGUCUAUGAGAUUUGUUGUAAUUUUGCCACAUUUUGCGGUUUGGAAUAUGCUACUGGGGAAUAAUUAUCAUUAUUUUUAUUGUUUUUCAAUUUUUAAAUGUCGACAACUUCUAUUCCAAUAUUUCCAAUAUGUUGUGUCUGUGUGUAAAGUACAGCUGUGUAUUUCUUUAUUUUUAUUGAUUUGUUAUUCUGCUUUAGUUUUGUGCUGAAAAUGAAUGCCUUAUGAGCUAAGCAACUACACUAAUAUACAACAUUGUGGUUUUGAUGCCUCUGCAUGGUAAUUCAAAGUGUCCAGCAAACUCUAAAUAAGGAUUUUUUAUCUUAUCUAUAGUUGAGGUAGACUUUAAAAACCAUGAACUUUACAGAGACCCAGCUUGUAGAUUGUCUCCUACUCUCCUAUUCUGAACAAAAAGCUUCUUAUAUUGUUUUGUGUGCUUGCUUUUGUUUUAAAUUACUUGAAAAUUUUAUUGUACAAGACAAACUUGAAUGUAAGUUGUUUUGUGAUAAAUUUAAUCCAUUCACUGCUUGUUCUUUUCACAAACGCUGGGCUGCAACACUUUAGGUUUUUCUUAAAGUAAAAGCUUUGCUUCAAUAUUUUAUCUAUUAGCAUCCGAACAAGCCCAACAUGAAUUUUGAAAAGCAGAACAGCCAUUAAAAUUAUUGAUUUGUAGAAUGAUAAUUAUUUAGACUGUGUAUUAAGAUAAAAAAAUGUGCCUGAAAAGAUUUUAUAUGUUGUAAUAUGUACGUAGGUAAUUGUUGAAUUGUCUUACAUUUUCAGAAAUUUUACAUGGCUUGUUGCCAGUUGUCAAGUUGGAUUUUGAUUUUAGUGGGAAUCUUUGCAUUGAAGCUAUACAAUUUGGCCAAGUGGUCUGUUUUUAGUCAAUAUUCCAGCAACAGCUCAUUCUCACUUUCUGUCACCAUUACAAGCUAAAGAUGGGAUCAUUGAAAGGGGUAUUUGUUGAUUUCCUACUAUCUUGAGCUACUGGGUAACACUUUGCAUUUUACCAAUAAUCAAUCUUUCCAGCAUAUAGAGUUGCUAGGUACUAAUUCAGUUUGUACCUCAGAGGGUGGCAUUUUGUAAAAGUGCCUCAUCUAUGUUGUUGAUUUGCCACUAUUCCUGUGCCAAAACUUAACAUUCCUGGUUUGAUGUUUGUAAUACAAACAUUGUUGAAAUUCUUUAUUUGAAAUCCUUAGUUUUCUUCUACAGACUGCAAAAGAAUGUCAAUGUUUAUGAGUAAAUUCAGAAUGAAGGUGAAGAGUCAGGAAUAACCACAAAUGUUGUAUGACAGAUGAAUGAACUGUGAUAUGUAGUGUUUUUAAUUUUGUGAUUGAUUUUUUAUGACUCUGUAGAUUUGUAGUGUAUAUACGUGUGCCUUAUAUUUUAUGGCAAGGUGCAUAGAUCCUAUAUAUGCAGUAUAUAAAAGUUAUAUAAAUGACCAAACAAUGAAUUACUAUUCAUUGCUUAUGUAUGUGAUUGUAUAGAGUAAAUAAAUUGUUGAGAAAGCAGA